UGAGCCUAGAGAGCAAAACAAGAUCUGAUAUUCCAAAAGACGUUAUUAUUUCUCUUCCCACCAAAGAUAACCCUCGCGAUGGCCACUAAAGACAACUUGUCCCAACCUAGUGAUGAAGCCCCGGGCAUACCAUCUGUCGCGCCGGAUGGCCUGUGCAUAGAUGGCCAUCUAUUCCGCAUUAACUACGAUGUUCCAGAAGAGAUUACCCAGCAAAUGUGGGAACUAUACGACCGUGAUGCAAAGUAUGAAGAGAUCCCGGAGCACCUGAAAGCAUACGAAACCGACAAGGAAGACACAGACGUGGAAGAGGCACGGCUGGUGGAGGAAUAUAGACGUAAGAAAAAAUCCUCCAAACAGAAAGGAACAUCCAAGGAAUGAAGGACUAAAGCUGCAAUCCACCUCCGGUUGAUUGGAAGGUAUUAUUAUUAUACGGAUGUGCUGAGGAGUGCGACACCUGCUCGAGCCUAAUAUGAUGUCAUUCCGAUCCUUGUUGUCGUUUGCGUCAGAUAGGCAGAUAUUUGCAAUAGUUUGGGACUGAUUCUCUUGCCCAUCUAGUCUACUUCAAGCUCUCCAGGACUCGUUGGCGGGCCACGGUACCAGAAU